AUGCACACCAAUUCUUCUAACGCAUCAUUACCAUUACCUACCUCGGAGUUCGAGAUGAGUUCCGAUAAGGCGGAAAGUCAGCUGGAACUUCACCUUGAUCCAGGCACGAUCAAAGGCACGACGCCUCCCCAGGAUCCAGAUUCGGAGACCUUAAAGCCUUUCCGGGCCAUGAACUUGCCCCAAGAGCUUCGUGAUAGGAUCUACCGCGAGCUGCUCCUUCCUGACAAAUGUCGGAUCAGCCGCGCGACCACAGCCUGGAAGGGUAGAGCUGAGAGCCCUUAUUCGCUCCAGCCCAUGAUCCUCCGAGCCAGCAAACAAGUGCACGAAGAAGCAUCGAGGGUCCUCUACAAGGAGACAAAUUGGGUUUUGUUGACAGCGGAUGAGGGUGAGAAUUUUUUGGGUAAGAGCAGUGGGCUUCUCCAAGAUUUCCGUCAGAUGUUGUAUCCACGGGUCUCGAUGCAGCACUUGCAACGUUUCCCUGGCACACCAGUUCUACGGAUAGAACUGAGGGACGGAGGGUUUCUCCCUCGAAGGGACAAGAUCAUGAUGCUCAUUACCCAGCAGGACGUGCACUUUUUCUUCGUUGACAUUCCUCCCACUCGUUACCCUGAAAUCAACCUACAUUUCGAUGCGCAAGCAAUGCUAAAUCCACGUACCCAUGACGUACUCUUAGAUUGUUGCCGCGACAUACGAGGCAUGGGGCAGAUCACGAUCUCUGGAUUUUACUCCUUCGCUGUGUAUUCAGAGCUGCUUGCCCACAUGAAGAGACCGAUACGACAUGUUCAAGAGUUCUCAGAGAGAGCUGACAGGUACAAAGAGCGCGGGGAUCUCCAGCUAGCUCUUAGGCAUUUGCUGGACGCCGCAGAUAUCUAUCUGGCCGGCUGGGCUUUACUGCAGUCCUUUUUUAGCCAAAGCUGGACCAAGCAUCUGAGCGGCGCGAACCCCCGAAGCAUUGCAGAAUUGAAGGGCAAGCUGAUCAACUUCUCCACUGAAUGCGCCAAUUGCUUGACGAAGGCGGGUAUCCCAAAGAGGGCUCGAGAAUUGCUCGAUAUAACCAUCCAAAACGCCCAAUCUACUGGCCUAAGGAGCCACGACUACAGCAUGAUCUACUACAACAGAGGCUUAGCAUUGGUCGCCGAACGUAACGAUAUCCAAGCAGCAAAAGAAUUCCGCGUGGUCCUCUGCCUACAGCGUGGCCACGAAGGCGCCGAUGGACAGGUUGACGCGAUGGAGGCCAGGCUUCAGGAUAUGCCCCAGACUACGAGAUGCACGCUCGAAGCAUACCUAAAGGACAUCAUGAAGCCGUACAGGCACAGAGAGCCAUGGAGUGGGCUGCUCUAA